UUUUACGUAACCUGCAGGAUUUCAGGCUAUCAGUGCUGUCAGAACUAGCGUCAGUGAUAAAAAACGCACUAUAUUCUAUUAUUUCUAGUAAUGACACAGUGGAUUUACGUCGUUGAUGCAACUUUCUCCAUGUCCUUUUUCUUCUUUAACUAGCGGAAGGUGCACUCUACAAUUAUGGCGUUUUGAAAAGGAAAGUGAGAAUUUUGGGGGGAAAGGAGGCCUUUCCCCUCAAGUUUGAUGGACUGCUGUGAGAGAAAGUCAGAGGGUUGUUGAAGUUGUUGCCUUUUGUAAAUUAUUAAGAGUCUUUAUUUUUGCAAACAUUGAAUUGUACAUUUUUGUAUGAAAAGCACAAGAGGUUUUGUAUUUAUUAUAUUCUCGAUGCCAUUGAAUGCUGCAAGCACCUUAGUUUGUGUUCAACUCUUGGUCGAGAUGGUGGACUGAAACAAGUCACAGGGAGGUUCUGGGGGUCGCUAGGGUGCAGUGGAACCCCAACACAAGCACAAUUCUAGCACUCAAAACCAUCUCCACCUUUCAUUGACACAUCUUUUUUCGUAUAUUUUUUCUUCUCGGAGAGCAGCUAUAGUACAUUAUUUUAGUGACAGUGUUUUUGAUUUGUUACAUCGUAUGGUCUUGUUUUUGAAGUUAUUUUGCUAUUGUGGGUGGUGGGCUCUCAGGGGGACUUUGUUGGACAGUAGAGAGUAGGGUUCACGGCUUUGGUGGUGGUCAGGAUGAGUCUAGCGGUGCAGGACUGCACCCCUAAAUGCCGCUCACAGCAGCAUGCAGACGAGGUGGUUGCGGCUUUGACCGGCGGCUCUGAGGGGCAGCUGAGGGCGUUCUUGAGCUCACACUGCUACAAUGCAGCCACCUUGCGGGAUGCCUUUGGUCGCACUGCCCUGCACCUUGCAUCCUCCCUGGGAAAGAAGAUCCUGCUGGAGUGGCUGCUGGAGAGUAAGAGUGCUGACCCCAUGGCGAAGGAUAAGGAGUCUGGCUGGACGGCUGUGCAUCGCAGCGCCUUCUACGGACAUAUCCACUGUCUCAUAUCUCUGGUCAAGCAUGGAGGACUUCUCUCCACACAGGACAAGGAGGGCCUCUCUGUUCUAGACCUUACAAUGAAGGACCGUCCAGCUCAUGUAGUGUUCAAAAACACCGACCCGACUGAAGUAUACACAUGGGGAAACAAUACUAAUUUCAGUCUGGGCCAUGGUAAUCAGGAGAGCCGGCAGCACCCUGAGCUGGUGGAUGUGUUUGCCCGGACCGGGGUUUACAUUAAGCAGGUGGUCCUGUGUAAGUUCCACUCAGUGUUCCUGUCUCAGAAAGGUCAGGUGUUCACCUGUGGCCACGGGCUGGGGGGACGACUCGGACAUGGAGAUGAACAGACUUACCUGGUUCCUCGCAUGGUGGAGGGUCUGAUGUCCCACCACUGCUCCCAGGUGGCGGCGGCUAAAGACCACACGGUGGUGCUGACAGAAGAAGGCUACAUUUACACGUUUGGCCUCAACUCCUUCCACCAGCUGGGUCUGGCUCCCCCUCCUGCCUCGGCUCAUGUCCCCAAACAGGUGUUCUCCAAGAUGCUGAGAGGCAGGACCGUGAUCGGAGUCGCAGCAGGAAGGUUCCACACGGUGCUGUGGACCAGGGAGGCCGUCUACACAAUGGGACUCAAUGGAGGCCAGCUGGGUUACUUGCUGGAUCCUAACGGGGAGAAGUGUGUGACAGCCCCCCGGCAGGUUUCUGCCCUGCACCACAAGGAUGUCACCAUAGCGAUGGCAGCAGCCUGUGAUGGAGCGACAGUAGUUGUGACUGAGAAGGGCGAUGUCUACCUGUUGGCCGACUACCAGUGCAAGAAAAUGGCUUCCAGGCAGCUGAACAUCAGGAAGGUCCUGGUCAGCGGCGGCUGUCUGGACCACCGCGUGGUUCCUCAGAUCCUGAAUGAGGGAGGAGGAGAGAAGGUGGUCAUCCUGGCGUUAGAUGAAGCUGGAAGGGUGUUCUGCUGGCGGUCCUCUGGCAGCUCGGUGAGACAGUGCCGGUGGGCGUAUGGGCGCCAGGUCUUCAUGUCGGACAUCGCUCUCAGCAAGAACGGCAUGAUGUUUGUGACUCAGGAGGGGGAGGGCUUCAGUGGCGUGUGGGCUGGAGAAUAUAAAAAGUACGAGGAGAAAAAAGAGGGCAGUGUGGAGGUCUGUGGCCACUCUGAUGCCGGGACCUGGUAUGAGAGAAUCCGCCUGGAGAAACUCCCGUAUGUCCACAGAGCCGUCAGCAUCACCAUGGACUCUAAGGGCCGCAACUUUGGAAUACUUCAGUCAGACCCCAAAACAAGCUUGUAUGAGAUUCCCUGCGUCUCUCCGUCCUCCUUCUCCCAACACUUCCGGAGCCUCUUUGACGAGGCGGACGAAAUGGACAGCAUCCACGAUGUGACGCUUCAGGCCGGCGACCGCACCUUCGCCGCCCACAAGUACAUCCUGUCCAUGAGGUCCGAGUUCUUCCGGAAGCUGUUCAUGUCCGAGCACUGCGAGGACGAUGAGGUGCUCGACGGAGAAGUGAGGAAGAGCGAGGAUGCUGUGGGCUGCGAUCUUAUCCUUUUGGAGAAGAUCCCAGCGGACAUGCUGGAGUACGUCCUGCACUUCAUCUACAUGGACUCCUGUGAGCUGAUGGUGCACGGGGCCCGGCCGAGGGUCUCCGGGUUCCUGACGGGACAAAAGCAGGACUCGGAGCAGGAGAGGCUUAUCAGCAGCCUGCAGGACCUGAGCCUGAGAGGUCGCUCCGCUCUCGACGUGUACUGCUCCCUCCCCCCCACCACCAAUGGAGACGUAGACAAGGCCAAGAGCAAGUCGGCCAAGCCUGGCAAGAAGGGGAAAGGUGGCAAAGGAGACAAGGUCGGAGCCAACGAGGGAGGGGCCAACCCGGUGAAAACCUUACAGGGCGUUGCGAAAAAGCUGGGCCUGGGUAGCCUUUCUGCACGACUGGAUGGAGUCAAGUACGAAAGUGGAAAGAUCAAUGUUACCAAGAAGAAAACCGCCAACAAACCCAAAUUCUACCAGAAAAAGUGCUCCUAUCUCUGUGAUGUCACUCUGAAAUCUGAAGAUGGUAAAGAGUUUCCAUGCCACAAAAGUGUCCUCUGUGCGAGACUAGAAUACUUCAACAGUAUGCUUGGAAACCCCUGGAUUGAGGCCACAUCCUGCACAGCACUGGAGUUGCCUACCAGCUCUGAGAUUCUGCAGGUCAUUCUCGAGUAUAUCUACACGGACGAGUCUCCGACCAUUAAAGAGGGUUUGAAUGUAGAGUUUGUCUGCAAUGUGCUGGUUGUGGCCGACCAGCUGCUCAUCACACGACUGAAGGAGAUGUGCGAGGUCGUCAUCACGGAGAACUUGACCCUAAAGAACGGGGCAGAGCUUCUGGAGUUUGCCACCAUGUACAACGCAGAGCAGCUCAAGCUCUCCUGCCUUCAGUUCAUCGUGCUCAACAUGGCUGCCCUGCUGGAGUCACGAGCUCUGGAUAUUCUUAGUGAUGAAGUGCUCGUGGAGCUUUCUGCAGCCUACAGGAGGAUGAUCCCAGCCAUGGAAAGGAGGAUUAUCACUCCAUAUCCUGACGCCCCAGAUCUCAGUGUGUAUGAGGAUGAGGAUUUGGACUCAGCAUUUAGCCCCAAACCAGAAGCAGAACUAGAUCACUCGUGCAGGGAAAUCCUGUUAAAGAAAGCCAAGAUUAAGGCUAAAAAGAAACCAAGGAGACGCUCUGACAGCUCCGGAGGCUACACCCUGUCUGAUAUCAUCCACAGCCCCCCCGCUGCAGUGGUUUCCCCGUGCCUGGUGAAGUCAGGCAGGGCCAACUCCACAGAGUCCCUGCAGGAGAUGCUCACAUCCGACUCGGAGGGGAGCUACGUGGGGGUGGGCAGCCCCCGAGAAAUUCAGUCACCAGUCUUCCGGGACAGAACUGAGGAUGAUAAGGCUCUCAGGCUAAAGACCCCACCCAGCACCCCUACCUCCUUAAGGGACAGCCUCUUAACCCCCCCACCCUCUGCUCCACAAACCAUCCCUAAGGUCCUUCCAUGUCCCACUCGUCCGGCCCCGGUCUUGGAUCUGAGAACCAUCAUGGACAUGCAGGCCAAUUCUGUGCAGCCAUUAGGAGCAACCCCGAAAAGCCCUGGAAGCAGCAGCGUGAGCUCCAGCCUUAAGCACUCUCCUGUUCCCGCUAAACUGUCCCAGAAGCAGAGGAAGAUGUUAGCCAUGGCCAACAAAGAGGCCAGUGUGGAGCCCACUGCAUCCAAACCCAACCCCACAGUCACCCCCUCCAAGAGCAGUGUGAAGGCCUGGGCAACAACAGUCCAGUCCCCGCCCUCCUCGUGCUCAUUUCGAGCGUUGCUGGAGGAAGAGGAGAACCGCUUGGUCAGAGUGGGUCAAACAGGAGCCAUGGGAGGCCAAGGGGCCCCUGUGUCCCCCGUCACCACUGCUCCUACUGCAACCAGGAGAGUCUCGUUCAAAUGUGCUGACAGCAGUGAGCUGGAGCGUCCCACGCGGCCCUGGGUGCUCGGAGCAGUGGGCAGCCCCCCCAUCUCCUCCCUGGUGACCUUUGCCACCAUCGUGGAAGAGGAGAAGGAGCAGGAAGCCGCGCUGAUCCGCAGCCGGGAGAAGCCGCUGGCGCUUAUCCAGAUUGAAGAGCGGGCAAUCCAAGACCUUUUGUUCCACUAUAAAGCGCGUGACAACCCUGACGAGCUGAUAGUGGUGGAGAGGUCUUCCAGAGGUCCCAUGGCAAUCCCGACCUGGAACAAACACUGAUGUUUAACAGCACAGCCGCUACAUACCGAGGAAGUGAGAACAUCCCCUGCAGUUUUCACAGAUUCCUCCUCAGAUCCAUCGCUCCGUGUUGCACCUCAAACUCCAGCCCAGUGUAGCGAUUGGUCUGAUGCAGAUUUCUGCUUGUGUCCGCAGUUAGAGUUCCUUUUUUUGCUGCUCAAGAUUUCUUUGCAUGAAUGAGAGAGAAUGUUUUUCCUAACUGAAUGUUGUCCCAAAGAUAUGUUUUUGGACUUCAUGCAUGUUGUUUUUUCUUUCUUUUUUGAGGUUCUUUACUUGGCAACCAAUGAUAACAUUAGAAAAACUUCCCCAAGUAAAUAUGUGAAGUUAAAGUUGCCAAAGAAAAGAAAAGAAAAUGGAGAUGCUCAAGCCAUGAAAUGGGACCAAGCUUGAGAGCGUUGUGUGUCGAAUCAUUAACAGCUCUCUAUGUGUUUGAGAGUACCAAUGAUCAGCCAUGGCAGAGCAUAUUUAUACCAAGGCAGUGUGUUUAGUUUCUUUAAAUAGUUCUGUUUUGUUUUUACUUCAGCGGUAUUGCAGUGACAUGCUAAUCUUGCUGCACCUGGUAAAACACAUCAUGUGAUGCAGUUAUAUUGAAUAGGGAUUGUGUGAAACUGGCUCUUUAGCCUUUGAACUUAUCACUAGUUUGCUCUACAGAAGGUGGUGUGCCUUUUUAUCAAAUACAAAAAUAAUAAUACAGCAGCUAAUAUACCAUCAAUGUCUCCCUCUUCAAUAAUUUAGCUGUUUCUUUUCUCCAGCUGGGUAGGUACAUCUGAUCCGCAUCAUGUAAUCUCGUCUUCAGAUGCCAUUUGUGUGAGAGACAUAAGGACGAGAAGAGAAAAUGGCAUGUAAUAAAAUAACUCAACUGUGCAAUGA